GGUGGGUGCCGGAUCGGCCCCGCGGGAGGGGGAGCGCAGGAGGGCGGCGGUGCCCCUCGCCCAGCCUGAUCCCGGCAAGGCCGCCGCCGCCUCCCCGCUCGCUGGAAAUUGGCGCGGAACCGGCGCGGCGGGAGCGCGGGCGGCGCCCGGCCCGGCCCGUCCCAGCGCGGCACCGCCAACCCGGCAGGUGUGGGGGGGAAUCCACCCGGGGGAGCGGCAGCACCGGCAGAACCUGUGUCUGUGGAGGUACCUGGAAUGGAGGGUGGGGAGGAGUGGAGGGGGUCACAGCCCCGUGGACCCCCCACAUCCUCUUGUGUGGGAGAUGUCCCUUUACAACUUCCUCCACACCCCCAUCCAGCCUGAGUCACACUGGCCACUGGCACACCUGGGCACCCUGCAGCAGGACAUGGAGCCGUGUGUGGUUAUAUACCACAGUCAUCCUCUGCUCAGGGGUUCCUGAGGCCGGUAGAGUGCUUGUGCCCUUCUGUUUGAGCUGUGUAAACCAUGUUGCUUUUUGUGAUGAGUUCAUGAUGCAAAGUAGGGAACUUGGUCUUAGUUUUGUGAUGAUACAGUAUCUGAGCUCAUCUUAUUCCUUUGAUCCAGGUAGAGAUCUUAAAACCCAAAGAAGAUGUCAAGACGCAGUAGCCGUUUGCAAGCCAAGCAGCAGCAGCCACUGUCCUGCCAAGAAGAGUCUCCACAAGAACUAAAAACACUAGACUAUCUCCAGACCAGAAAAAGGAGAACAGCAGAGCAGGAGAUUAAGAAAAGAGAAGAUGGAAAAAUUGCUAAAAAACAUCAAUAUGAGAUUAAGAGUUGUUGGCCGCCCACGAUAACUGGAGGCAUCUCGCCUUGCAUAAUUAUUGAAACACCUCACAAAGAAUCAGUGACCACUGACUUCUCAAGAUUCAAAAAGUACAGGUUCAGUAACCUCUUCAUAAAUCCGUCGCCUUUGCCUGAACUCAACUGGGGAAACUCCAAAGAUAUCUGGCUGAACAUCCUGAUGAAGGAGAACAGAUACGCUCACUGCAAACACUUCACGUCACUACAUUCCAGUUUGCAGCCUCACAUGAGAUCGAUACUGUUGGACUGGCUCUUGGAGGUGUGUGAGGUGUAUGCACUCCAUCGGGAAACCUUCUAUCUAGCUCAAGACUUUUUUGAUAGAUUCAUGUUGACACAAAAGAACAUUAACAAGAGCAUGCUUCAGCUCAUAGGAAUUACCUCAUUAUUCAUUGCCUCCAAACUUGAGGAAAUCUAUGCUCCUAAAAUACAGGAAUUUGCUUACGUCACUGAUGGUGCUUGCAGUGAAGAUGAUAUUGUAAGAAUGGAACUUAUUAUGUUAAAGGCUUUAAAAUGGGAACUCUGUCCAGUGACAAUUGUCUCCUGGCUGAACCUCUAUCUUCAAGUGGAUGCUCUGAAGGAUGUCCCAAAAGUGCUGCUACCUCAGUAUUCUCAGGAAAAAUUCAUUCAGAUAGCACAGCUUUUAGAUCUGUGUAUUCUGGAUGUGAAUUCUUUGGAUUUCCAGUACAGAACACUAGCUGCUGCAGCGCUCUGCCACUAUACCUCAAUUGAAAUAGUUAAGAAAGCUUCAGGCUUAGAUUGGGAGAACAUUUCAGAGUGUGUAGAAUGGAUGGUUCCUUUUAUGAACGUGGCAAAAAGAUUCCCUGUGAAGCUUAAGAACUUUAAGAAGGUUGCAGCAGAAGAUCGACAUAAUAUCCAGACACACACAAAUUACUUGGACAUGCUGGAAGAAGUGAACAGUGGAGUAGUGUCCACUGCCCCGGGUCAGUUAUCACCCCUGUCAACAGGUGGAAUAAUAACCCCUCCCAAAAGCACAGAGAAGAAAUGAAAUACAGUCAAACACCAUUAACAGAUUCAGAAACAGGACUUGGUGCUUCAGAACAAGACCACACUAAAGGUGACUCGUUCUUUACUGCUAUUCAAGACUUUGGCAGUAAAAGACGCAGCAGGAAAUUGAGACCAGCAUCAUCCUUGAGACUUGACAAAAAGAGUUCAGCUGAGCAUUCCACCCUGCUGUCACAGGAGCCCGGACCACCUUGGUCCAUUAUGACACAACUUAGUUUAAUUCUCACCAUUCCUAACUUAUUAAUUUCAAGAACUUUUUUAAUAGUGCCUAGUGGCAAAAUUGCUCCAUUCAGCUUACAUGUCACACUUGCUUUAAGUUGGGCUAAAUGUGCAGGAGAACUUAUUGACAGCUUGUACCGAUUACCACUUCGUGACUUGUUCGUUUUCUUCUCUUGCUAAGGCCAGAGCUCACUGCCUGUCAGUUAGUCCCCCAGCUCAGGUGCAGUAUUACAGAGGCCUGUGGGUUAGCGGUUUAUGUCUGAAACCACUCUGCCGGUGCAGUACAGCGUAGCCAGCCUUGUAUCAAAUUCCAGCUCCACAGGAGGCUGAUAAAUUUAUGGCAGCCAUUUAAGCCUGCCAUAAACUUUGGUUUUAAUGUUAUCACUGACCUCAGGUAAGAGUAUCAGCAAAGGACCUGCUGCUGAAGUAACCAUAACUGGAAGUACAGUCCUGGAAGGAAGGAGUUCUGUCCUAUACGAGCCAGCCACCAACUUGCAAAAAGAACAUAAUGAGAACUGGAGAAGGUAUGGAAUAAAGUGAGCUGCAGGUACUCUACAACCACUCCCGUCAUAGGAACAGUAUUUUAAACUGUGGAGCUGUAAGUUAUCAGUGUUUUAUAAACAGCAUUAACUACUGUGUUUUUCUUGGAAUAUUCACUACCUCUGAGUCACUUCUGUGAUGAAGGGCAGUACUGGGAAAGAUGGGUAUCAAGUCCUCCUCCCUCUUUCAUGAUGCUCCUACCUGUGCCUCAUGUCCAGGGACAAGUGUUACAUGACACUGAGCAGCCCCUGAAGCUGCACUAGAGCAUCAGGUGCCACCCACAUCCACAUUACACUCACACCAACUUGACAAACUUGAAUUCAUGUCUUCUUCAAACAAGCCAUUGUGGAACUAGCUGAAGUUGCUUCCAGCCUUCUGUACAGUUUGUAAAAAUAAGGGGUUUAUUAUAAGAUUUCAUCUAUUUCUAAGAAGAAAGAUACUAGGCUGUAAAUGUUGUAUAAAAAUUUAAAUGCGUUUUUAAAAAUAAUAAAGUCUUGAAAGAUUUUUUUUUCACUUCUACAUGUUUUAUAAUAAGUUUUCCAGCAUUUGCCUAGAAGUAAAGUUUUGCCAUUGCUUGAAGAAACUUCUUUUUCCUUCUCUGCGCAGCAAGCUGUAGGACUUCCUCUGGAUUACUGGCAUUCAGCUCUGUCUGGCCAAUGGCUUUUAUCUUGAAACAGAAGAGGAGAGACACCAUUAGCAAAAGGCCUUCCAGUAAAGCUGUUUCACUUUAAGGCAUUUUCAGCACUAGUUCCAUGGGUGAUUUAUUUCUGUAACAUGCUCUGCCACCCCAUCCCUACAACUUUAGAGCCACAGCUUCACAGGAGCACACAGACUCUAAAAGAAUUGUGUGACAAAAUUAAAACUGGAAGUGGCAAUUCUUUUUAAAUGUGGUUUCAGGGAAAGAAAGAUGCUCUAAAGAAAUCCCAGCACCCUGAGCCCCCCAGUUUAACUUACUGCUAUCUGCCGCUUGUCUGUCUCGCCUCUUUUGUGGUGGAGAUCUGAGGGCCAGUCAAGGCAAGUCACUUAGAGAGGAAACAGAUUUAUUCCAGCUGCGAACAUCCAGUAUGAGUGGCAUUCCAGCAAAAGGAUACAUGUCAAAUACUCCAAGAUGGUGACAUCCCAGAUGUAUUCAUAGUAAGAAUCCAUGGCAUCAUGACUGAAGGACAAGGCACGUUAGGUUAACUGACACAUUCACAUUCUGGGUUUAUGCAUCUAUAAACUUUGUUGUAACAUUUACCUGUUCUGUUCCUGCAGUGCCUUAAACGCAGUUUUAUAAUCAACUUCUCUGAGGAACUGGCACAAAAUAGCUACCUGUAAUGAAAGACUUGCAGUGAUUCUGACAGCCUGAAUUCCCCCCACACUGAAACCUUCCACACACCACCUUGCUAAUCCCAGUGCCUUUCUGGACCUAAUCUAGUCUUAGCAAAUUCUGAGCACCUGAAUAGGGCUUGUUCUGACACAUCAACAGUGGCGAUAGCUAAGAGGAAUUUACUCAGAUCUGAAGGGACUGACUUGGUUUCCAGGUUUCUAAAUGCAUUUAACAGCUUUUAAAUCAGAGCCAAAUAUAAGCUUGUUACUUCUUGGAGAAUGAACGUUCCCACUGAUCAGCAACAGCCACCUGUGGUUAUCAUGAAGAACAAGGCCAGGUUCCCAACACCACCCCACAGAUACUGUACUGUUCCUCUAAAAAAAAAAUCUGCAUUAUAAGAGAAAAGUAGGCCAAAGCACUCACAGACUACUACUUUUUAGAACAUUUCCAAAUAUAUGUUUAUUUACUCAUUAAUUUCAGUCCUUUGUGUGUCCUAGAAGCAAAGGUAACAACAAAAUCUACUUUACUGCAGAUUGCCUUUCCAAGGAAAGUUGGAUUUAGUCUUUUUAAAAAAGUUCUCCCCACUUUUUAUCAUCAAAAUAUUAACAAAUAUUUUACUUAAUGCCAUGUUUCACCUCUCACCUGGGUGUGACAGUUUAGUAAAGAGCAGCACUUGAUCAUUCUUUUUAUCACCUAGAGAAGGGUUAAAAACACAAAACACAAGUUCUGAAAUGCUCAUCUUGGAACACAAACAGCAAUUUUUGUGAUUCUUUUUUUUUUUAAUGCAAGGGACCCGCUAAAUAGCUAUUUACAUUCUUCUAAGCCCCCUAACCUUGGGGUUUUAGCAUAUCCACUGAUCAACUGAGCGUUCAUCACUUCAGAGAUGUCCCAAGGGUCAGCAUGUGCUGAGGAGCAGCACCCUGUGUUUGUGUGAGGCAGCCAGGCCCUGCUCUGGCAAAAAGCUUCACGUUUACGUCCUGCCACCCACAGGAAAGGCCUGGUGGGUGGGACCAGCACUGACAAAGCUCUGACACCAAGGCAGGCCCCUGGUGCUGUGUGACAGCACAGGCGUCCCUGCUGGGACUCCUGCACCAUGGCAGCCUGGCACGAGGCACAGCUUAGACCAGGCUGUGAACAUUCAGGAUUUCCAGAUGGCAUCUGAAGCUCUCACUGGCCCUAUAAAUGGGAACAUGAAAGGAAUAGUAAUUGGAUAGGACACCUUCCCUGGGUCUAGACAGUUCCUUCCUACUGCCUAGCAAAACACAGACUACAAGGAACGCAAUGGUUUCCUAAUGAACAAGCAAAUGCCUGGAAAAAGGUUAAGUGACAUCCUGCACGAUGUCACUGGAACAUGCUGUGUCUGGGAUUGAGGAUUCCCCUAGAACACAGAGAGAUGAUGGGGCUCUCACUCACAGCCCAUUCGCAAGUGACAAACCACUUGUUACACCCACCUGCAAAGUGCACAGAUACCUGCUCUGCUGUGCCUCCAGCACGCCCUGACAAGGGUAAACUACAAUCCCACCCCUUUCUAGACAAUCCUGCACAGCCCUGAUGCAGCUCUGCUCAGUCAGAGUCUGGGAAAAAAUACCAGUGCGUGGGAAAAGGAGCCAGUGUUGUAUGGAUCUCACUACUAAUGUGAUCCAUGCUUCUUACCCUCAUCCAUGUUAACCGGAGCAGACAGUAUUUCAGAAGCAUUUAGACAGGACACAAAGUUUGCCUGCACCACGGGUGGAAACAAGCAGGCUCCGUCCAUGCGAUACCAGCACUGGAAGCACAGAUAUAAAACCCCAGAGGCUACAGGAAUGUGUGUAUGCGGAACAGUUUUGUCUCUAUGUAGAAUCAGGAUGCUGACUGAAUCCAAACAGGGAUUUUUGUAAAUCUAAAUCCCACUUUAACUCACCUGGUCUGUGUACACAUCUGGUGGCACCAUCUUAUUAAAGAAGUCUGAGCACACAGCUCCUGCCUGUAGGUAAUAGUGAAGGGCUGCUGAAUACUGAUUCGUUGC